GCAUCGCUGCGUGCGAGUGGAGAAACGAAACGUCGUUCUGUUUCUAUCUUCAUCGAUGAUUUGUAGUGCGAACGACAGUUUCAUGGCAAAACAUUCCUUGUCCUGCUCAAAAUGAUUUUAGGGACAAUAUCUAGACUUUGCACGUUAAAUUUUCCCGCUAAAGCUUUUUGCAAAAUAUUUGCUGUUGUGUAAUACUGCUGAAACAAAAUGUUGGAAACUUGGGAUCAUCAUUUUCUGCCAAAUAAGAAGGUUUCAUCCUUGGAUACAGAACAGCUUUUUUACAGAGUUAUUGUAGCUUUAUUUCUACUUCUUAUUGGAACGAAGGGAUCUCACCAGAACGUUCUGUCAACCGAUGCUUCAGUGAUUAAGAAAACACUUUUACCCGAGGAAGAGAAUAUUGGAGAACACUGGGACGUCGAGCAGUAUAUGCUUCCUGUAUUUGAUAACAGCACAGCUAGAAGUGUAUCAGUUCAGCGUGGACAAACUGCGUUUCUUCACUGUAUCGUUCAUAACUUAGGAGACAAGACGGUAUCCUGGAUUCGAAGAAAAGAUUUUCAUAUUCUGACGGUAGGGACCGACACUUACAUCAGUGACUAUCGUUUUCAAACCGUCCGAAUAAGCCAUGAUAACGACUGGGUUUUGCAGAUGAGGUUCGCACAGUUAAAAGAUGGAGGUAUCUACGAAUGCCAAGUGAGCACCGACCCGAAAAUUAGCUUUUUUGUAAACCUGACAGUCCUAGUUGCAGAAGCUUACAUACAAGGUGGUCCGAAAAUCAUUGUGGAGAAAGAUAGUUCAAUCGAACUCACCUGCGUUAUUAGAAACAGUCCCGAUCCUCCUACUUUCGUCUUCUGGUAUCACAAUAAUCGAAUGAUAAACUAUGACUCGGCUCGUGGGCACAUUUCCGUUAAAAAGGCGGAAGGUAACACAGUGAUAAGUAAACUCCAUAUCAAAGAUAUUGGAAAAUCAGAAAGCGGUAAUUAUACCUGUGGACCAUCGAAUGCUAAUCCUGCAAGCGUCUCUCUUGUUAUAUCAAAUGGAGAGAAACCAGCUGCAAUGCAACACGAUGGAAAUUGUUCACCGCUAAACGGAGUCCAAACAAGAACAUCAUUGUUUUGGAAUCUACCUUUGGUCUUCUUCCUGAUGAGCUACGUGGCCAGAUGAUUUGACUAAAACGAUCAGUUGUUGCAUUUAUUGCUUGCUCAACCACGUCCAGUCCGACUAUUUCAAAAGAGGAUUGCUUAUUUGAAUUAAGGUUAAAACAAACAGCUUUACUUGGACCUAACAGGUUAAAAACUCUGACGCUGUUACUAACAGUUUUUGGCACUUACCAUCCGAAUUCAAAACAGGCUAUACGUAUUAUCAUCUUUAUUACAAUGAGAUUGAGCAGACUGUUUUAAUCAAUGUACUGAAUACCUAUCUCUUCUUUACUAGCUUACGAAACCCAAAUCUCAUAAUAAGAAUGAACACUAGUAAUUCAUAUUGCAUGUUGCUAUGGGCCAAAUACCCACUAAGUAACCACUUUAAGUAUGUAUAUGUAUGCGAACUGAUUUGAGAUAAUGUAUAACUGGGAUUAAAGGUUUUCACAAAUGACUGCAUGAUCGAGAAAAAUAAGUCGUUUUGAAAAUCGACGUCGGUCAGUUUAGCUAUUGUUUGUGUUUGGAAAAGAAGAACAUCUGAUUGUCUUGGAAACUUUUCAUGCUCUUGAUGCAGUUAGCAUCUAAGAUCUUAAGGAAAUGAAAUUUUAAAGCUUAUUUUCAAAGAGCAGAAAGUUUAAAAUUUGGUUCUUGUUUUAUUGUUGUUUACGAUAUUUCGAGCUCCUUCUGAGUGAGUAUAUAAAUAUAUAGACUUAUGUAUAUAAUUUUCAUAUAUAUAAUUUGUCAGCCUAAUAAUAAAAGUGUAGUCGGCUUUUUGUUAAAAAAACAACAACAAAAUUGCUCGAAAUGAGAGUUCAGUUGAAUUUGUUAUUACUAUCCUUUUCAUUUAGUGUAUAGAUUAAACAGACAAAUAAAGAAAUGGAAAUUUCAGUAGCAAAUAUGUAAACUUUGAUUCUCGGUAUGUGAAUUAGACGUGUUUUUCAAAUGAUAUCUAGAAAAUAUGAAGAUCGUAUGCUCAUUUCUGAGAAAUUCAAGUUUCCAA